UUUCGAUACCGGGGAGGUUUGCUCCCCACCAUUUCUCUAGCACUUUCAUUACUACCAAGAUAUUCAUCCGGCGAGGUCAUUUUUCUACCAUUGCCAGCCGCGUCGUUCUAGGUGAUUCUUGGCCAUCGGACGUGGAGGAAGACGUGCCACGGGGGCCACAGGAACCAGUUCCACGGACCGCGAAGGGCCAGAGAGGACUUUGCUCGCGAUCUUUCCGGGGGCAGGGCACAGUCUCGCGCGUGAACGGUGCACGCUCGUUCCUCUUCGGACGACCCGCCGGUGUCAUUCACGAUGAGAACGGAAGUGGAGCGCGAGCAGACACCCCAGCAACGGACAACGCGACCGCGAAGAUUCACGUGAUACGCGUCCUCCUGAACAUUCUCCAGUGAACAAUCACCGUCUCCAUAUUUUCGGAACAUUCGGAAGACGCGUCGCGCUCGUUCGUGACACUCGACGGCUUGUAUUCCAACUGACUGUGAUAAACCGCGGAUCUUGACGGAAGGACACUUCGGCGAAGCUCGACACAGCUGACCAUGUCCGGUUGAAGUUCGAAUUCAGAGCGAUUUUCUCAAUUGGCCAGCGUGUAAUCGGUGGAAUAAAUAUUCUUAGGACAAUGAGUCGUUCGCGGGCCCUAGUUCUGUUCGCGUUCGCGGCGGUUUGCUCCGCGAAAUCGCCUUCGAACGUGUCGCUGAAUCCCGCGCAGGAUCUUCCGACCACCGAGCGGACGAGGACUUGGUCGGACGUCGACGGUUUGUCGGGUGGAAACUGGACCACCCUGACGGAGGCGCUGGACGUGUUCAAUGUGCGUCAUCUUGCCAGCAACUGGACGGAGGGAAGAUAUCCUGUGGGCGAGCAGUGCGCCAAGGACCUGACCAGGUACAUCCGAGGACUGAAACGGCACGAGGGAUGGGCUCUGAAAGUGGACGACGCCUCGGGCCGCUACACGAACAGCUUCUUCUGGGGAAACUCGUACUACGUCGGCUCCUCGACGGAGUGCGUCUACAUCAACGAGAAUUACAGCAGGAAGAUGAAAACGGUCGUGAAGCCGGCAAUGGAGGAAGCGGCGGAGUUCAACGCGGAACCGCAGAAGCGGAACGCCGGUCUCACCGAGAACAACUUCUGGAGCGAGUCGAUGACGGUGAAGCCGCCGUACAAGCUCGGCUUCUACAUGAUGACGAUCUCGAUAAACGCCUCCGUGUCGCCAGUGACCAGGACGAUUUAUCUGGGCGUGUGCCUACCUUUCUCGUGCGCCGCGUCGGACGUCUCGGUGAUAGCGAGGCUAGCCGCCAGCGACCUCGCGGCCAGACACUCGUCUAUCCUGAAGGUCCGAGAUCAGCACAACAAGUACAACAUGUACGAGGACCCGAUCUUCUGGGCGCUGCUUGGUGGAACUACCAUGGUGUUCGUCCUAAUGGCGAUCAGCUCGGCGUACGACAUAUACGUGACGCGAAAGUACUCGCGAAGGAACGUGAUCUACGACUUGGAGAAGCACGCGAAGCUGGAACAACUAGCCGGCAGAAAUCAAAAGCCGUUAAGUGCUUUUCAAGGUAAGGUCUACCUUCCUGUUCCAGCGGCUGAGGUAAUCAUCGGCAGCCCCCAAUCGUUACCGGUUAAUAAUAACAACGAUCACGAGGGUAGCCUGCGAUCGAGCACGCCGGAAGUCUACAAAUUCAGCGUGUUGGAGGAGCUGUUGCUGUCCUUCUCAGUCCCGGCGAACGUGAGGAUCAUCUGCGAGGGGAAAGUGGGCGGCGACACGAUCAGCACCAUCCACGGUCUCCGCGUGAUAUCGAUGGCAUGGGUGAUCCUCGGGCACACCUGCAUCACCGCGUUCAAGUACGCCGACAACAUGGAGUACCGGAAGGUCGUCGAGAGGAAGUUCUUCUUCCAGACGAUCACCAACGGCGCGUUCAGCGUCGACACGUUCUUCUUCAUGGGCGGGCUGCUGGUCAGCUUCCUGUUCUUCCGGACGAACGCGAAGGGCGACCUGAAGACGCUCACGCAAGGCACGCGCGGCAUCGUUUCCGGCAGCCUGAAAUUCAUUGGACUACUGAUCUACCGGUUCUGCAGGCUGACCGCUCCGUACAUGUUCGUGCUGGGCGUCGUGCAGAUCGCGAUGAAAUGGUUCCACUCGAACUCCGUGUUCGAGCCGCCCACCGCGGACCAUUACAACUGUCCGAAUUAUUGGUGGCGGAACUUGCUCUAUAUCAAUACGCUGUUCCCAGUUGAGCAAAUGUGCAUGAUCUGGAGCUGGUACGUCGCGGACGACACGCAAUUCUACAUCGUCGGCGCGGUGAUACUGGUCCUGGCGACGAACCACUUCAAAAUCGCCACGUUCGCGCUCACCACCCUGCUCCUCAGCUCAUGGCUGACCACCGGGUACAUCGCCCUGGCGAACAACCAUAUGCCAACCUCCGACGACCCGCUGGCGCUCUUCGACAAGAUCUACGACAAACCGUGGACCAGGCUGGGACCUUAUCUGAUCGGCAUGUCGAUAGGGUAUUUUCUGUUCAAGACUGAUUGCAAGAUCAAGAUGAGCAAGACGACGGUUUGCAUCGGCUGGCUCUUCUCUUCGGCUUGUCUCCUGAGUUUGCUGUACGGCUUGUACGAAGCGGAUCUGAGUCCUCUGAUGGCUGCCGCUUAUUCCUCGCUGAGCCACAGUGUGUGGGCGCUUGGACUGUCGUGGAUCGUGGUCGCGUGCAGCACGGGUUACGGAGGGUAUGUUAACAGCAUUCUGUCAGCGCCGAUCCUGUACCCGUUCAGCAGAAUAACAUACUGCGCCUACUUGAUACAUCCGCUCGUGAUCCGACUGACAGCCUUGAACCUGGACUCGCCGUUUCAUUUAGGGAAUUAUACUAUGAUGAUCACAUUCCUUGGACAAAUGGUGCUAUCCUAUAUAUUGUCCUUUAUUAUAUCGUUGUCGUUCGAGGCUCCCAUAGUGAGCAUGCUGAAAAUACUUUCCCCGAAGAAACGGAAACGCAUACAGUGAGACAGUGAUAUAGCUGUUAAGCAGAACACACACACACACGUCUGGUAAUUAUUUAUACACGUCUUUAUUGUAAUCGAUGCUGAAAGAGAAGAGGAAAGAUUCUUGUGAAACAAUGAGGACAACGACGAGUUACAAAACAUUGUGUGUGUGUGUGUGAAUGAGUGAGUGAGUAAGUGAGUGAAUGAGUGAAUGAGUGAGAGAGUGUAUGUGUUGUUGUAAAGCUAU